GAAUUUGAAACUGGAGCAUGAGCAGGAGAAAAACAAGAUCUUGUCAGAAGCAUUAGAGACACUAGCUACCGAACACCAUGAACUAGAGCAGUCUCUGGUUAAGGGAUCUCCGCCUCUCAGCAUCAUCAGUGAAGAACAGUUCUAUGAUGCUGUUUCAGAUUCAGAAUCUGAAAAAUCAUUGAGUGGGUUUGAAACAACAGCAGCCUACUCAUUAGAGGACAGCAUGGAUUCAAAAGAUACAAUAACUUCAAGCAUGUCUGAAGAAAAAGUUUGUGGCAGUGAGGAGUUGCUGUCUAAUGGAAUCAAAAAACACAGAACAAGCUUGCCAUCUCCAAUGUUUUCCAGAAAUGACUUCAGUAUCUGGAGUAUCUUAAGAAAAUGCAUUGGAAUGGAGUUGUCGAAGAUCACAAUGCCGGUGAUAUUCAACGAGCCACUGAGCUUCCUACAGCGACUUACAGAGUAUAUGGAACAUACGUACCUCAUCCACAAAGCCAGCUCACUUUCCAGCACAACUGAGCGAAUGCAGUGUGUUGCUGCAUUUGCUGUGUCUGCUGUAGCCUCGCAGUGGGAACGUACAGGGAAGCCAUUUAACCCGUUGCUUGGAGAGACAUAUGAAUUGAUCAGAGACGAUCUUGGAUUUAGACUUCUCUCAGAGCAAGUUAGCCAUCAUCCACCAAUCAGUGCUUUCUAUGCUGAAGGUUUAAAUAAUGAUUUCGUGUUUCAUGGAUCAAUUUAUCCUAAACUCAAAUUCUGGGGCAAGAGCGUGGAAGCAGAACCAAAAGGCACAAUGACUUUGGAGCUUCUUGAACACAAUGAAGCCUACACAUGGACAAAUCCUACAUGCUGUGUGCAUAACAUUAUUGUGGGCAAACUUUGGAUUGAACAGUAUGGAAAUGUGGAAAUAACUAACCAUAUAACUGGCGAGAAAUGUGUACUAAGCUUCAAGCCCUGUGGCCUCUUUGGGAAGGAGUUGCACAAGGUCGAAGGCUACAUUCAGGACAAAAGCAAAAAGAAACUUUGUGCGCUCUAUGGGAAGUGGACUGAGUGUUUGUACAGUGUUGACCCAGCUAUAUUUGAGGCUUACAAAAAAAAUGACAAGAAAAAUGCAGAAGAGAAGAAAAGCAGUAAACAGGUGGGCAAUACUGAGGAACCAGAUGAGAUGCCGUUGCCAGAUUCUGAGAGUGUAUAUGUUAUUCCAGGAAGUAUUUUGCUAUGGAAGAUAACUCCAAGACCUCCAAAUUCAGCACAGAUGUAUAAUUUUACUAGCUUUGCUAUGGCUUUGAAUGAGUUGGACAAAGAAAUGGAGAGCGUCAUUCCCAAAACUGACUGCCGGCUACGGCCGGAUAUCAGGGCCAUGGAAAACGGAGAAAUAGAUCUAGCUAGUGAAGAAAAGAAGAGGCUAGAAGAAAAACAAAGGACUGCCCGCAAAAAUCGUUCAAAGUCAGAGGAAGACUGGAAGACGAGGUUAGUGUGCUUGCCUCUGUGUGUGUGCAGUUACAUGAAGGUUUUGAACAUUCACGUUAACGGCCAGUCCACACCGGUGAUGCACAGUGUUGUGUCAGCAUGAAGAGCUGACA